AAAGGGAUCGAGCAGUUACAGUUAUCACCACGACUCGAUUCGGCGAUUCCGCGAGGGCCACCGCGCGCGUCGGUCUCUCUAUCUAUCGGAUAUACUCACACUGGCAAUCGGCAAAGCGUCACUCGAGCGUGCGCGUGCCAGCCUAAGCCCCCGCAUUGAAUUGCCACGCCACGCGCGGGUGGACGGGAAGGGAGGGGAGCGUCCUCAGUAAAAUCGCCCGGCUGCCGCAGCGCGCCUGCCACUUUGCUCGUCGUCCGUGGUGGAGGCGCGGUGGGGUGGGGAAGGAGUGUGUUUCGUGUGCUGUGCUGGGCUCGCGCGGCUCUCGUCCCGGGCUCCCGGCAGCCUGGGGUUUCUCUCCCCGUUUCUGUUUCUCGGUGAGGUGAAGUUUUCCGUCUCAGCACACUGCCAGUUCUUCUUCUUGUUCUUCCUACUCGUGGCGCCGCGGCGUCCUCACGGAUCGCAAGGUCGGGAAUUAUCUGGGGUUCUCGGGGUUUGUGGCUCCUUUCCGGUGAAAGGAUUCUUUUUUAGCGGGAGAUCGGUUGAGUCGGUUUCUUCUGUAGAUCUUAUCGUUGAGAUUUCGUUGUUUAUGUUAGGCGAGUCGGGGUGAGACUUAUCCGCGUUCCUCCCUGCGAUGAAACACGCGAUUUUGGAUUGUCGUUACGUUUAGGGAUUGUGGUUUUAAGGCUGUUCUUCCGUUGUAAAUGUUGGUUGCGCCAUCCUAUAAAAGAAAGGGACUCCUGUCGAGAAACACACCAUGCUUCUUCUGUCCUGAAGGUUUGGAAAGGCACAUUCUGAGGAGAUUUUUCUGUCCUACAUCGUAGGACAAUUUAUGUUUCAUUCCUGCGUGACCAAUCUAAUCUGAACCUACGUUGGGUGCGCAAAAGCCCUUGAAUGCAAUGGAAGGGGGUGCAACUCUAGCUGAUAAGGCUGAAUUUAAGGAAUGUCUGCGGCUGACCUGGAGCCAGCCUUACAUUCUUCAGCUUGUUUUCUCUGCCGGCAUCGGUGGUCUUCUUUUCGGAUAUGAUACAGGUGUCAUAUCUGGAGCACUUCUGUAUAUUCGAGAUGAUUUUACUGCGGUCGAAAAGAGCACUGUACUUAGGGAAACGAUAGUGAGUAUGGCUGUAGCUGGAGCCAUAGUUGGAGCAGGAUUUGGUGGCUGGAUGAACGACAAGUUUGGAAGGAAGCCUUCCAUCUUGAUCGCCGAUUCCCUGUUCCUCGCAGGUGCCUUGAUCAUGGCCCUUGCCCCAACACCGUUUGUCAUCAUUAUUGGGAGGAUCUUUGUUGGUCUUGGGGUUGGAAUGGCUUCCAUGACAGCACCUUUGUACAUUUCUGAAGCCUCUCCAGCUAGAAUCAGAGGUGCACUUGUGAGCACAAAUGGACUUCUUAUUACCGGAGGGCAGUUCAUGGCAUACCUCAUUAAUCUGGCCUUCACUAAGGUAAAGGGAACAUGGAGGUGGAUGCUUGGCAUUGCAGGUCUUCCUGCUUUUAUUCAGUUCAUAUUGAUGUGUAUGCUACCUGAAUCACCAAGGUGGCUAUACAGACAGGAUAGGAAAGAGGAGGCUGAAGCCAUAUUAAGGAAGAUUUACCCCGCGGCUGAGGUUGAAGAAGAGAUCGAUUCGAUGCGCCGAUCAAUUGAACAUGAGAAACAACUGGAGGGCUCCAUCGGCGAGCAGAGUCUGGUUGGCAAGCUGACGAAGGCACUGAGCAGCAAGGUCGUCCGCCGUGGGCUCAUGGCCGGCGUCAUCGCGCAGGUCGCCCAGCAGUUCGUCGGCAUCAACACCGUCAUGUACUACAGCCCGACGAUCGUCCAGCUGGCCGGCUUCGCGUCGAACAACACGGCCAUGGCGCUGUCCCUCAUCACCUCGGGCCUCAACGCCAUCGGGUCCAUCGUCAGCAUGUUCUUCGUGGACAGGGCCGGCCGCCGUCGCCUGAUGAUCAUCAGCCUCGUCGGCAUCGUCCUGUGGCUCGCCGUGCUCGGCGGCACGUUCCUCGGCGCCGCGCACCACGCGCCGCCGGUCAGCGACCUGGAGACGCGGGUGUUCGCCAACCAGACGUGCCCGGAGUACAGCCCGAGCGCCCGCUGGAACUGCAUGAACUGCCUCAAGGCCCAGUCCACCUGCGGCUUCUGCGCCCACGGAGGAAACAAGCUCCUCCCCGGCGCGUGCCUGGCGGCGGGCGAAGCGUCGCGGCGGACGUGCCACGCGGGGAACCGGGAGUUCUACACGGAAGGGUGCCCCAACAACUUCGGGUGGCUGGCGCUGGUGGCGCUCGGCGCGUACAUCGUCUCCUACUCCCCGGGCAUGGGCACCGUGCCAUGGAUCGUCAACUCGGAGAUCUACCCGCUGCGGUUCAGGGGCGUCUGCGGCGGCAUCGCGGCGGUGGCCAACUGGGUGUCCAACCUCAUCGUCACGCAGACGUUCCUGAGCCUCACCAAGGCGCUGGGCACGUCGGCCACCUUCUUCCUCUUCUGCGCCGUCUCCUUCUUCGCGCUCGUCGUCGUCUUCUUCACCGUGCCGGAGACCAAGGGACUGCAGUUCGAGGAGGUGGAGAAGAUGCUCGGGGAGAAGGACUACAAGCCGUGGAAGAGAUACCGUCCCGACGUGUCGUCCAAAGGGCGCGACAUCGGCCUCUCUGUUCCAUGAAAGGAAGAAGAACAGUGUUUGGUUUCAAGUUAUUUGGGUUUUAACUAGCAAUAAUCUGUACUCAGUUUACAUGUAGAGUGGCCGUUGCCAAUAGAAAUUAAUCAGUUGUUUCAUUGUGUGACACAUUUUAGAGCCUUUUCCCCUGUGCUUAGAACGUUUGAUGAUUUUUAUAUAAGUAAAUUGCGUCUUGGUCA